AUGUGUCCUCUCAGGUUCAUCCUUGUCUUUUUCUCCGCCGCAUUGGCAGCUUAUUUUGCCUGGACCACCGUACGUUCCUCCCCAGAGAUUGACCUCACCACCCAAGACCAGAACAACAAAGCCUCCUCCAAUAAGGAUCAUUUCAGUUUCAACAAGAUGAUUCAGAAUGGAUUCUGGGUAUUUGUUGACAUGGCCAGCGGGAGGUAUAUAUGGAGAAAUUUGAUAUCCAGGACAGAUGUUGUUCAAGUAAAGAGCUCUUAGAUGUUGGAA